CUUCAUUUUACUCAUAAGCAUUUUACCCACUCAUAUCAUCAAAAGAGGGGGUGGAGAGGAAGCUAUGUCAAAUUGAUUAGAAACAAUACAUUUAUACUUACUACACAUUAUCUCACGUCAAAAAUUGUUCCGGCCAAGCCGUAAAAAUUAUCUCAGAAAACCCGAAUUGUUUUGGCUACUUCUUCCUGCUCAUCCCUGCCUCCAUGAGCUCCUUGCAAGUAACCAACCCCAUCGCCCUGUCUCAGGCUGCGUUUGACAAAGCUGCUGAGGAAGUUAAGCACCUCAAGAGCAAGCCAGAGGACAAUGAGAUGCUGUUCCUCUACAGCCGCUACAAACAAGCCACGGUGGGUGACAUAGAUAAAGAACGGCCCGGGAUGAUGGACCUCAAAGGCAGGGCCAAGUGGGAUGCAUGGAAUGAGCUGAAAGGAACUGCCAGGGAAGACGCCAUGAAAGCUUACAUCAGCAAAGUAGAAGAACUGAAGCAAAAAUACGGAAUCUAGGGACUGGAUUUGGCUGCCAGCCCCACUUUUCAUCUACAUUGAUAAUCAUGCCUUGUUUCUCUAAUACCAUGGAUGAAGUGAAAUCAUGAAAAUGAACCCUCUUCCUGAACACUGUCCAGGAUAUGGCUCUAACGGAUUAAGAAGCUGAAAUAAAUGGUUACUCACCUUGCUGAGUAGUUUUUAUCUAUA